CAUCUCAGUUUGCUCUUGAUCGCCGCGCUGGGCUUUGAUGGCGCUGGUGCAAGUGAAAAAAAGAAAAACGAGAGAGAACAAAAGGCGCAGAUGCUCUAGCAGAUCGAGCACUUGUUUCCACGGGAACUGCGCGAGCGCGAACCACACGACUUCGCUCCACGCAGCAACUGUGAGGCGCAGAUAAGCACCGGACCAUCUCGCCUGUCCUCGUUAGCCGGCUUCGGCGGUUAGGUAAAAGAAUGUCUUUUAUCUUGCCGAGGCACCCUAAUAUGGCGGGAAAAAGCUUGCGCAUUGAACUGUGCGUGCCUUCAAGGCACUGUGCUUUAGCGCUAUAUGUGUUCGACUUCGGAAGAAGAGCGCGUGACAAAACGCGGCCAUGCGGAAAUGCUUUAGUCAAAACGGUGUCUCACUACUAGCAUCGCCAUUAAGUGGGCGAUGUCAAGACAGCUCCAUCCACGGCGCCCUCGUAGUGCCUCGAUCACUCAAGGCACGGGCAUUUGAAAGCAUGGAACAAGGCCAACAAGGACCUUUGCGAACAUCAAGAACCGAAAGCCUUCGGGAAGAAUUCGGCUCCUGAAGCAGGGUCAAGGGAAGCAACCGUCCCUGCUGAGCGGCUUCCGUAGAGUCACACUGCGUCGUGGUGGUGCGGGGGAGGAGACAUGCAAUGUUUACUAAUCCAGGAUGUGCGAGAAUUCCUGGGCCAUAUAGCGAACUUCCGCUCCUCUACUCGAUUAUCAUGGUGGCGGGGAGCUUCCACGUGCACACGGUCAUCGAACACCCAGUGCUUCUCACGUUCUCGCUGCUCAUGGUUCUGCUCUCCGCUGCGUGUGCCGUCUCCUCGGUGGUCCUCCUCCUGGGACUGUGGGCGGACAACAGGACCUUGCUGCUUCCCUGGUUGGUCUCCAUCUCGUUAACCACUCUACUGGACAUCGUAGUUCUCUUCUAUCUAACGGCUGAGUCGGAUUUCAACCCUUUCAUCGCUGUACUCUUUAUCACGGAUGUUUUCAUCGCUCUCUUAAACGUGUACUGCUUGCUGUGCGUGUCCUCUCAGUACCAAGAGUACCGGCAUAACCGAGGCAGAACGGUACGCUUUCUUGGAGAGCAGUUCCCGGACAACACGAAAAGGUCGGCCUGCCGGAAGCACGCCGAUGCCGAGGGCAAGUUCUCGCCGACCAAGCCCUCGGUGUUCAUCGCCGACGACAUGGUCUCCUCAUCGAUCACAAAGCUGAGCACCAGUACAACCCGUCGCUCGUCGGCGCUCAGUUCCUGCCGGUUGACGCCGAUCAAGGAGGAGAGCCAGGCUCGCGCCAACGGCCCUGCAGACACGCUGCACCAGAGCCUGGGCGCCACGGGCAGCGGCGAGACCCUGUCACACGUGUACCUGGUGUCCCCGAGGCCCAGCCCCGUCGAGAAGGACGAGGACGAGGAGGAGGACGAGGAAGAGGCGGAGGAAGAAGCUACCCGCCAGCCGUCGGGCGCCGAGCGGCAGCUGCCGGUCGCCGAGGUGGUCAGCGAGAGCGUGUACAAGUGGACCAUCUGACGGCUGUUCCGGUGCUAGAGCACAGCCCCGAAUCGAGAAGCGACUGGUAGAGCGGCGACAGCCAUCCAGCGAAACCAAAGAUAACAAUCACCAGCGGAAGCAAAUGCCAAGAAAUAACAUCAAAUGCAACACAAGAAAACUGACACGCCGUGCCUUACAUACUAAUUCCUCGAAAGACAGGGUACCUAAAAUCCCUGCCGACGAACUCCUGCCGAAGACUGCAUGUGAUCCUGCGAACCGCUGGUCAGCAGGCUCAGAAAAUAGCGAUGGGAUCAUUUUACUUUACAGCAUGCGGCUUCGACAACCUCCUUGCUGUUCUUUGCCUCAUAAUGGUUUCUGUAAAACAGGGUUCUUCAGUGAUACCAGCAUUGAAGUUGUCCUUCAGGAUUCGGCCAUCUUUCACCGUUGCGUUUUGGAAGCAAUAAGAGCAGCUUUGUAGAGCUACACAUGUCCCAAGAGUUACUAUUCGUGGCAAUACUCGUACUGCCGCAUGUGUCUGACAAAGGCAGCGCAAAAGCUCGCAAAUCUGAAAUUUUUCGAUCGGUCAGCUUGCUGCAUUUUCACGUCGAUAUUUCGGGACUCCCGAGAGUUGCAUGACUGAGGAUCUCUGAUUGUGAACGUUCGCAUGGAACAAGUUAUAAUAUGUCGCAUUGAUUGUUUCCAUCUUCUCGCUUACAGCUGCCGAAAUGAAUGAAAGUUUGCAUGUGAACAAGGUGGGCCAAUCCCUGCCCCACAACUGUACAGACAAACCUAGCUCCCAGGUGGUCGCACAGGUGCUUUGUAAAAGCCCUAAAACACGCAGACGCCUGCUUUUCGUAUAUCCCCAUAAUACUCGAAAAGUGACCCAGUCGACUACCACAAACGUCGUACUUCGUCACUAAUAACAGACUUGUGAUGCAGGUUCGGGUGCAGUUGAACGAGUCAUCACUGAUUCACCUUUGUUGUAUGGUAGACAGUUUUAAUGUCACGGGCGUGUUACUGUGUUGUACUGUGUAAUCUGGGAUCACGACGAGUAACAAUAAAGUGAACGAUGU